AUGUCUGAACCGGAAGUAUUUGUCCCAGUGGACCUCGUUAAUGUUGUCUCUCACCGCCGGACACGUGUGUCGCUGUCAAAUAAGCGUCUAUCUGCCAGCAACUACCCAACAUAUAUUGAAUUAUAAGUUUACAUGUCCGUGUGUUAAAGGGAUGUUUCCGGUCCCACGAUGAGUGACGCGUUCAGCAGCAGCUCGGAAAACGUGAUUCAGCGCGUGGUACACGUGACGGGGAAGAUCAACGCUCCUCAGGGAGAACUUGAAGAGUUGUAUCAGAUCAGAAAGACUUGUGACUUCAUCAAUGAGCAUCAAUUUGAAAGGGUUGCACUGCAGUUUCCCAAUGAGCUGCUGGUGGAUUCCGUUGCAGUAGCAGUGGAGAUUGAGAGCAACAGUAAUGCCAAGCCGUUCAUUUUGGGAGACACAUCCUACGGCAGUUGCUGUGUGGACGAGGUGGCUGCAGAACACGUCGGAGCCAACUGCAUCGUGCACUACGGCAGCGCUUGCCUCAGCCCGUCUAAGAGGCUGCCACUGAUGUACGUCUUUGAGCGCAGAGCGUUGGAUCUGGAGAAGUGCAGCGCUGCCUUCAGAGACCUCCACCCGGACACCCAGAGUCACGUUGUCAUCCUCUAUGAUGUCAACUACGUUCAUGCUAUAAAUGAUCUUCUGACCCUCCUGCUGCCAGAUUAUCCAAACAUUAUCAUUUCAGAACUAGUGGUCGAAGGAGAGCAUUGUUACAGUCACGGUCGGACCAAGAGACAACAUGACGACACCAGUUUGUCAGACGACAGCCAGGUUGUUUAUCAGUUUGGAAGGCGGUUCACCUUGAAAGAAGGUUUAAGCAUCACCGAUUACAGAAUGUUCUACGUAGGCCAAGAGGGAGCGACGCUGAGAAACUUCAUGAUGACAUGGAAUCGCUGCUCAUUUUGCUCCUUUGACCCCAUUAAAACGACAGCUAGGACAGAGUCAGUGAGUAUCAACCGCGCUCUGAUGAAGCGAUAUUACGCCAUAGAAAGGGCCAAAGAUGCCAGUGUGGUUGGCAUCCUAGUCGGCACCCUCGGAGUGGCCGACUACCUCAGCAUCAUCCAGCAGUUGAAGGAGACCAUCCGAGGAGCUGGCAAGAAGAGCUACGUGUUUGCCAUGGGGAAGCUGAACGUGCCAAAACUAGCAAACUUCCUUGAAAUUGACAUUUUUGUGUUAAUUGCGUGUCCCGAGAACUCCCUGCUGGACUCGAGUGAGUUCUACAAACCCGUAGUAACGCCAUUUGAGAUGGAGGUAGCCUGCAACAAGAAGAGGGAGUGGUCAGAGGAAUACGUCACAGACUUUCGACAUCUCCUGCCAGGUGGACAAAGCCAUGUUCCUCUGGCCGAUCGGCAGGAGGACGACGACGAGACUGACGUGUCUUUAAUAACAGGAGCUUUACGAAGCCAGAAUCUGUUGAGCAGCGAGCCCGAAGUGUCUUCAUUCGGCUCCUCCGUGGUCCUCAGGAACCAGGCGCUGACGGUCGCCAACACGAACUCCGCUGCAUCUUUUCUGUCGGAACGAAGCUGGCGCGGCUUAGAGAAGAAGUUGGGAGAGACGCCUGUGGUGAAGGCAGUAGAGGGCAGGAGAGGAAUAGCUAUUGCCUAUGAAGAGGAAGGCACGUCUCCAUGACAUUUACCUGACAGCCACGACGAUGUAACGGAUUAUUUAAUCAUAUCUGCAGGCAUGAUGGAUAUUGUUUUUAAUUACUGGAAGUGUAAAAAGAUAAAUACGUUUUCGUAAAACCAUUACCAGCUUUUUUGUCUGUAUUGCGUUACUGAAUCCUGAAUUUUAACCUAUAAUGACAACAUGCUACAUAUGUCCAAAUGUAUUCAUGAUGAAAAUUAUUCUUAAAUGGUUUUGUUGGGGGUAUCCUGACCCCCCUUUAGCUUUGGCCACUAAACUGGCUCUAGUUUGUGUUUAUAUGGAUUUAUUUCAUUGUCCUGCCAUCGACAGGAAGUUCUUCCACAAAGGAUGCAGGAAAUAUACCAGUUUUACCAUUACAUUCCCCUUCCAGCCAUUCCUGGUUAACUAAAGAGAAAUGAGAAAUUCUGAAUUAGAAUCACAGUAUUUGUUAAAUAUUUAGGCUCUAUAUGGCAAAAGACCAGAGUCUCACCUCUAGAGAGGAAUGUGACUGUCUCGCCUUGAUGAAAGUUGAGAUCCUCUGGGCUUGAUGACUCGUAGGAAUGAAGUGCCACAAAGUAAUGUGUCUCACUUUUUGGAUUUCCAUCAGUUUGCUGGAAACACAAAUUCCAGAUAAAUAAUCAUUGAGUGUUUCGUAACUCAAGUGGAAAACCAAAUCCUGCUUUGCACUUGCUUCAUAAUAAGUGUAACUUCUCCUGAAUGAGUAAAGAAAGCUAUAGUAUUGUAUAAUAUAACACAGAAAAUAAAACACUUGUACACUACAAUA